AUGGUGCUACUCGGUGUAUUUGUGCUCUUUUGCGGCCUGAGUGCCCAGGUCUUUGGUCAUGUCCCACGACAGGCUACGACCAGCAGUCAAGAUACGGUUGAAGCGACUGAUACUGCAACAGCCCCAGCAGCGACAACGACAACUCCGCCGGCAGCAACUACAGUUCAGCCAACUACAACAUCAAAUGAACCAGCCCCCGUCACAACCACGCCUUCGCCAGUUACGACUACUUCUGUAGAACCCGAAACCACGAGCUCACCUUCGCCCCCUACAUCGCCGACCCCGACACUCUCUACAAGCUCAUCUACGGUCACAGCCAGCACAACCACUACUGCCCCAGAAAAUUCUGGCUGUACAAUCACACAGAUUGUCCCCGAGACCAGUACUUCAUAUGCAACUCUGACCUCUUUCACUACGACAAUCCUUCCUCCGACCACUAUCACCAGCACCCUCCCUCCGGAGACUAUCGUGACUGGUACCACUCUUCCUCCGGAGACUAUUUGGACUACCACCACCGUCCCUGCUGAGACGACUUGGGUCACUAUAACUCUUCCUCCCGAGACCAGUAUUAUUACCGAGACGCAGACCUUCACUUCCUCUACGAUUGAAAGCAUUGUUCCACUCGCUACCGGCAUCGCAACCACCUCCACUUCGUCAUCCGCCUUAUCAACUACCGGCAGCAUUACAUCAGUAACGAUCAGUGCGAGCAGCACUACAACCACUCCUGCUCCAACUUCUGCCCCACAAACCACCUCCACUUCGAGUCUUGUCCCGAGCACAAGCACGUCGUCCCCAAUCUCUACUGCAACACCUAUUCUCCGAGUGAGACAAGAGAGCGAGACUUGCGAGACAGUAUACAUCACAAGGUCUACCGUUGUAUCCAUCACGACAGAGACUACGGUCAUCAGCACCAUUUCAGGGUCAACUGUUCUAGCCACUGCCACUGCUGAGCCCGUCACAGAAGCAUCAACUGUAACGCCCUCACCCAGUUCUGCAACAGCAACUGAGUCCCCACGGGCCGUCACCUCAACAUCAACUGUCGCCGUCGCACCUGUGCUAUUAACCACAACAACUCAAGUCACCGUUGCGGCACCAACGCAGCCGCAGAGUCCAACAGCCCCUGCGCCCGCCCAGUCAACUAGCCAGACGCCUCCUGCUGCUACCGUACCCACAUCCAACCUUAGCAGUGGACAAGGCUCUUCAGGGACGGGCACUGCAGCUGGGACGAGAACACCAACAUCGAGCACGACACCAGUUGCAUCUGCAACUCCAGUUACCUCCAGCAGUGAACAGAGCUCACCUGGAACGCAAACACCAGGCACCGUACCGGCUGCUUCUACCACACAAGCUUCCAGUCCGGCACCUUCAUCCACUGCUGCGCCGCCUCCCACGACAGCGACACCCCAAGCUUCCACGGAAAACUCCAGCCUCUCGGCGUCAACCCCUCUUUCUCCCUCCGUAUCGACCUUCCGAACCACGGCUACAGAUGUAACUACCGCCGUCGUCGUAGAUGGUACCACUGUUACCGCCGGUGGCCCGCCAGUCACCAUAAAUGGCACACCCAUCAGCCUCGGCACGGACAGCUCAGAGAUUGUUAUUGGGACGAGAACGACAAUUAUCACAUUGACCCCGAGCGGUGGCAUUCAAACCGUCAUUUGUAGUGCCGUUGGAGGCUGCACGAGCACAGGUACAGCUCCGCCGGGGUUGCAGACCUUUUCGGGCGGUGCUCAAAAAGCAAGGCACACAGUUGACGCUCCAUUAGCACUGGGCCUGGUGAUCCCAUGGAUGUUGUUUGCCUGA